GUCAUCAGUCACCUUUCCUAACCUCUCACUGCUUUCGCUCCACGGAUGUCCCGGUAUCUUUGGUACAGUGUAACUGGUGCAAUAAUUGAUUACCGGUGAUCUAAUCGCGCGUGAACAAUAACAUGAUGUCGCGGUCAGUGCGCGCGGAGACUCGUAGUCGUGCCAAGGAUGACAUUAAACGUGUAAUGCAAGUAGUUGAUAAAGUUCGCCAUUGGGAAAAGAAAUGGGUUACAAUAGGAGAGACAACUAUGAAAAUAUAUAAAUGGGUUCCAAUCUCGACACUCGAUCAGAAGAAAAAAGGAAAGACAGUUUCUGACAAGGAAAAUGGUUUACCAAGAAAAGGAGGAAUAGAGUCAUCAAAUUCUAAUUUUGGUCUUACAGAAGAUUCCAAUACGUGUUUCUCUACUGUUAGUGAUUCUCAAGGACUGACAGAUUUCUCUGCACAUUUGGGCUUUUCAGAAGACUCGAAUUCACAAAACAGCGAACCUGCACCUAAGAGAUUAAAGACUGACUAAUGUUUGAUCCACAAUCAGCAUCAC